GCCUCGCGACCGCGCACACGGGCGCAGUACGAAUGUCGUCCACCGCCAUCCCCAAGGUCGUGCCGGCGCAGCUGUCCUUUCUGGCCAUCUACAAUCCCUCGCUGGGCCCCUCGGACGACACCUUCGACCAGCAGAUUGUCUUCUACUACUCCAAGGCCGCACGGACACGCUCCCGCCUCAGGCAUGGCGACACGGAGCGCGAGAAAGAGCUGCGCGAGCAGGAGAACGAGAAGCUGCGUCAGGUCGGCCUAGCACAGGGCAUGGUGGGUUUUGCAAAGAGUUUCUCCAAAGGCGAGGCGGUCGAUUCGGUCGAGACGGACAAGUCGCGCAUUGUCCUUCACCAGCUCGAGGACGGGUGGUGGAUGCUGGCCUCGAUUGACCUCACCCAACUGCCCACCACUGGCCCGUGGCGAAAGGACUCCGGCACCGAUACCCUGGAGCCCGCCAUCGAGUACUCGUCGCGCGAGGUCAGCCCGCCGGCGCUCCUCAUCCAGCAGCUCGUCCGCGCCCAGUCCAUCUUCCUGCUCCACCAUGGCCUGCCACUCGAGGGCAUGUUUGCCAAGCACGGCCGCACAAAGUUCUGCAGCAUACUUGACAAGUACUGGUCUCGCUUCGCCGCCAACUGGGAUGUCCUUCUCCACGGAAGCCCUGCGGUAGACAUCUAUGGCGGCAUGAAGCUGGCGGCAGGCGGAGAGCUGGGCAUGGGGGUUGGCGAAGAGGAAUGGGGUAGCAGCGAGCGCGAUGUCCUGGAAGACUUUGCCCGCAGGACACCGGGCCUCGUCGAUGUCAUGGUGUCGCGCUUCGGCGAGGCAUCCCAACUGCAACACGCCAAAACGUCCACAGACCCGAAGACGCUCGAGUUUUCUGAGCUCGACCCCUGGGUCGGGGCCGGGAGGCACGUUCAAGCUGCAGACGGUGUCGUCUUCUCGGGUCUUGGGGCGGUAAGCCGAAAGUCACUGCGAGAUUUGUCGCACUGGGUGGAAAGCAUCUACUGCUACGGCGAGUAUGCGUAUGGUGUGCGUGACAAUCCCACGUCGGAUAGGAAAAGACGGAAGAGGAGAAUCGUGAAGUCAGUAUCUGAAGUAGAGGAAUCCGCACCAGAGCCACCUCGCCCUGCAAGAAGUGAAAGGCCGCGCCUUACAACGUCAAGCCAGAAUUCGGCACUGCCCCUGGGCAUCCCUCCACCCAUAGUCAAGGCAGUCGAGAGCUCUCUUGAUAAAGCUGCGGCUGCUGUCGACAAUAAGAAACCUGGACAGGACUCACCAGCAACCGAGUCCAGGUCAAUGUUGGCGUCUCUGGGUGACACUGAGACGUGGACAAAAUACAUGACGCUUGGUUAUGGCACAGCAUGGGGUGGAAAGAAGACAACCGAGAGCCCUCAGGAGGCUGCUCCAGCAUCAGAGCCCACACCAGCGCCUGCACCGGCGCCAGCUCCUGCACGACAACGAAGUCCGUCGCCAGAAGCCAUGCGUUACGUUGAGCCAACGCCAGACGUGGACCACGCAGAAGAGAGGAUGAAGUUACAAAUCCGACUGGAAAACGACGGCUAUUUUCUAGUGGGGCUCAAGGGAGACAUGAAGGACUUGAAUUUCGACGACGAAAACGACGAGGGCGAUUGGAACAACCGCAUACCACUGCGAACCAUACACGUCGAGGUUGAGAACGAAGACGCCUCGUCGAGGACUUCGCCUGGCGCGGAUUCCGACGAGACUCCACCAUACGAAAAGAUGAUGAACAUACCGUCCACAGCCACAAGCACACUAUCCCGGUUGAGGCCUGUGGUCUACAUUCACCGCCCCUUCAUCUACACAUUUCUCUUCCGGCACCGCACACACUCGCUAGGCGUGGCAUCCUUCUACCGCGACAUCCACAACUUCUUCUCCCCGCUGCACCGCUCCCUCGACAAAUCCACAUCCCCCACAAACGUCGCCGCGCGUCUCCAAGCAGUCUCAUCACACUACACGACCGAAGCAUCCCCAGGCGGUUCGGGCCCCCACGCCGGCCCAAACACACAGCCCAUCUACGACCUCGUCUUCGACCCCCGCACCUACACGGUGCACUCGAGCGUGCCCAACAUCCCCGACCCGGGCACGCUCCUCGCCGAAGGCCUCAGUCCCAGCCCCAGCUCCGGCGCCACGGCCCCCGGCUGGACGCGCAUCGAAGCCCUCAACGUGCACUCGCAGAUCCUGGCUACCAUUGCCUCGACACGGCGCAACCUCACCGAGAUUGAGCGCACAUGCAAGACGUCGCGUGCGUGGUGGGUCGUCUGGAUGCGGCUGCCGCCUUCGCAUGUCGACGUCGAUGACACUGCAUUAUUACAGCAGCAGCAGCGGCAACGGAGACGCGAACAACAAGACCUAGAACGCGAACAACAGCAAAAUCAACAACAACAUCAACAUCAAUAUCAAAAUGAAGAUGAAGACGACGCAGAAUCCCACACCUCAACUCUAAAAGAAGGCUCCUCGGCUACAACCGGAGCCUCGUCCUCCGCCCCAUUCAACACAAAGGACCUCCGAGAAGCAUUUCUCGUCCGCCGCGCUCGCGACGCCGCAUCCGGACAUGCUGCGCACGGGAGCGUGCGUGGCGCUAGUACAAGUAGUAAUGGCAGGGGCUUUGUAAGCGGCAUGUGGAAUGGUUUGGGGCUUGGAGGUGGCAACGGUGGCAGUGGCGGUGGCAGUGGCGGUAGCGGUGGUGGCAGUGGCAGUGGUGGUAAUGGUGUUACUGAGAGUGCGCAGAGUCAGCGGAUGGGAGGCGCUGUGGCCGGGUGGGGUCCUAAAGGGUUGGCAGAGGGUAUUGGGAUUGAUGCGAGGAGGUAUGUUGAGGAGUUGUUGAGUUUGAAUCGAUAGAUAAAUACAUGGAUGGAGCGUUGUGAGUAAGUAGUAGUUGGGCACAUACUGGAAAAAGAAGAAGAAGAAGAAUAAAAUAGUAAUAAAAUAGUAA